CUAUCAGACUACAUAUUUUCUAAUAUCUCAACAAUUCAUGGAGUUCUCCAAAUUUUUAAUUUCAAGUUUUGCUUUUCAAGCCUUAGUGCUUUUUCUAUCACCAAUCCAGGCAGAACCUGGAAAUUCCAACAUAUUCAGGGAAUACAUUGGAGCUGAGUUUAAGAAUGUCAAGUUUAGUGAUGUCCCUAUUCACUCUGGCGUCGAAUUUCACUUCAUUCUCUCCUUUGCCAUUGACUACACUUCUUCUGCGUCUCCCACGAAAGGUCAAUUCAACAUAUUUUGGGACACAGAUAAUCUCACCCCUUCUUCCGUUUCAUCCAUUAAAACCCAACAUUCGAAUGUUAAAGUAGCAUUGAGCUUAGGAGGAGACAGUGUUGGAGGAAGCAGCGCCUAUUUCAACCCUUCUUCUGUCGAUUCUUGGGUUUCAAAUGCAGUCUCUUCUCUUACUGAUAUAAUUAAGCAAUACAAUUUAGAUGGAAUCGAUAUCGACUAUGAACAUUUUCAAGCUGAUCCUGAUACAUUUACAGAGUGCAUAGGUAGGCUUAUUACAACACUCAAAAAUAAUGGAGUAAUUUCCUUUGCUUCAAUAGCUCCGUUUGAUAACGAUGAAGUUCAAAGUCAUUAUCAGGCGCUAUGGAAAAGCUAUGGUCACAUUAUAGACUAUGUUAAUUUCCAAUUUUACGCGUACGAUGAGGGAACCACUGUAUCUCAAUUCAUGGACUAUUUUGCUACACAAAGAUCCAAUUACGAAGGGGGAAAGAUCUUGGCUAGUUUCAGCACUGAUGGGAGUGGGGGAUUAUCUCCAGAAAAUGGAUUUUUCACAGCGUGUAGUAAGCUGAAAAGUAAAGGAGAGUUGGCUGGAAUAUUUGUGUGGAGUGCUGAUGAUUCUAAGUCAAAUGGUUUCAAAUAUGAGAAACAAUCACAAGCAUUACUGGCCAUACCCCAUUAAUGCUUUAAUAUUUGUACGCAUCUCCUAUACAAUAUUGUAAUGGUCAUAUAAAUCUAAAGCUAUGCACCUCUUUGUUUGUACAAAAUUAUGAGUAUUUGAAUCAAUAUAUACUACUCUGUGGUUUAUGAA